GCUGGGGCGGCUCCGGAGGGGGGGGAGCCCUGAGCGCCCUUCCCUCAGCAGCCCCGCCGCGCUCAGUGCUCCUCAUGGAACUUCGCGUGUUAGUUUAUGGCCACCGCUCCUCGUCCCGCCGCUGGAAAGAGCCUGGCACCAUCCCCUUGGCUUUGAGAUAUUUGAAUGUACUGAUGCGAUCCCCUCUCAGUCUCCUCCUCUCCAGACUAAGCACGCCCAGCCCCCUCAUGGUUCCCUCAUGAGGGGUGCGCCAGCCCCAGCAUCACCUCGGUCGCCCUCCGCUGCACCCUCUCCACGAGCUCCUUGCCUUUUUGCCCUGAGGAGCCAGAACUGGACGCGGCACUGCAGAAGGAGCUGAGUAAAGAGGCGGCAUCAGCUCCCUCCGCCUCCUGCCGCUGCUCUUCCCAGUUCUCCCCGGGAAACGCAUCCAGGGCGCUGGACGGGGAUGUGCGCGCGGCCUGCGCAUGCGCGGGGCGGCGGGGCCGAACGGAGCCGAGAGGAGCCGAGCCGGGCCGAGCCGAGCCGAGCCGGGCCGGGCCGGGCCAGUGCUGCGGUGCCUGCGUCCCCGCGGAUGCAUAACCCCGUUUUCCACGGUAUGUCAGUGUCCUUUGAACAGCCAAGGCUCAGCAGCUCCAUGGGAUGAGGUUUGUAAAAAGGAUCCUGGUUGAUGGCCUUGAUGUGCAGCUCCAUGAGGUGAUUAACACUAACCUCGCGUUAGGGGAAUUAAGCAAUUAAGUCCUUGCCAGUCCCCUGCCCAGGACAGUUCGUUUGUGUUUGGUGUUUUAAAACGAUCCUGUAGGGAAUCCAGACACGAGUCCAGACAUCACACACUUAAAAGAGGUUUCUCUAUCCAUUUCUCCGUGCUCCCCACCCCCCCACCCCAAACCAAAAACAAACAGAAAAACCCAAAGCAAACAAAACAAACAAACAAAAAAAACCAAACCAAAACAAAAAACCCAAACAAACAAAAUAAAAAAGGAGGGUAAAGAUCAGGGUUUACUGAGAACAAUUCAGGCCAAGGUACUGCUUUUCACAAGUGGGUGAUCCCAUAGGAUUCAGUCAGGCAUCUGUGGGUGGUGGUCUGGGGAGGGUUCUUCACUUGCAAGACAGUUUUUAGGUGUGGUCGGUACUGCAGCCACUGCAUGGUGGCUGAAAGGCUCCCUUGGGAACUGCCUGAGUAGGAGCAAUCCCUGCCUAGGAGGUGUGGGAUUGUAAUGCAGAACAACAGGGGGCUGUUGAGCCUGGUCUUUUUAUGGCAGGGAGAGGGAUGCACAUGCUAGGAGAGGAAAAACAUCACCCCAGUUCUCAUAUUGACUUCAGAAGUGCUGACGUCUCUGCACCUCACAUGUGACACAGAUUGUCCUCUUUUUAGUGCAUGAACAAGCUUCAUCCAUGGUUUUUUUUUUGUUUGAUGUAAAAUACUUCUUUCUCCUUAGUGCAUUCAGUUCCAAGGACUGGCAGUGCUUUUUGCUUUUGAAGUGACACCAUGUGAAUGUGCUAAGGGGGAAGUGAGUUUCUGCUUACCUUGACAGCAAGGACAGCUCCAUCCAGGAUCUUGAGGAAAAAAAAAGAAGAAAGAAUCGUUCUUUUGGCUUCAGACCUUGAGGAAACAGCUCUCUGAAGACAGGCUUCUUCCAAACCUGCAUCAGAGGGGAGCACUCAGGGAAGCAGCAGCCUGUCCUUCUGGCCAGGCUACCUGGGCCCACAUCACUUCUCCAGCCUCAGCAAAGACACUGGAUUUGCCGAGCCUCAACUUGUCAUUGCCAGCUGAGCCCUGGAAGAGCUGAGAGGAGAUCCUCAGGGUCCCUGGUUCUGCUGGAUCGGUGGUGGUGGGUGAAAGGCGGAGCAGCAGCACGGAGCAGCAGGUGAGCCUGGCAGGGCUGCCUGCAGCUUGGGACAACACACCCAUGGUCCCCAGGAGCGGCCUCCAGCAUGCAGCUGGCACCUCCUACAGAUACAAACUGCAGUGCCUCUGGACCCAGGUGAGGCAGAUCGCCAGGGAGAGGGACAAGGCCAGGCUCGGUUUGGAGAGGGCACAGAGACACUGCCUGCAGCUGGGCAGGGAGCUGGAUGAGCAGUACAUCACUCUUGAGCACACCCAGAGCAAGCUCAGGAAUUUUCAGGCAGAAAUAGAGGGAAAAGAGCUGCUUUUGCAGCAAGCAGUGAGUCACCAGGCGAAGCUGGAGGCUGCUGCACAGCUCCUCCAGGGCAAAGAGGCCAACCUGCAAGGGAGACUGAGCCAUGUGAUGAAUGAGAACACACAGCUACAAAAUAAGGUCACAGAGAUGGCUGAGAAACUGUCAGCCUCUGAGGAAAUGGUGUUGGAGCUGCAAAAAGAACUCAACUACAUUGUGAAGGAUAAGCUGGAGCAGGGGGAGCCCCACAGCCCGGAGUUCCUGAAGCAGAGCGAGCGCUUUGCCGAGAUUGUCCUGGAGUACGAGCGGCAGUGCCAGGUGCUGCACGAGCAGAACGGAGCGCUGCGAAGGGAGCUGCAAAGGCUGCGCCUCCAGCUGCAGGAGAGCAGGGCUGAGGGAGGGCUGCCAGCAGCAGAAAUGUCACUCCCAGUGGAGCAGCUCCAAGAGCAGCUGCAGGACCUGAAGGUGCAGCUGGAAACCAAGAGUGAUAAGGGCAAGGAGGAGCUCUCUCACCCAGAUGUCAAGAGGCCUCAGCUGGGCUCUGAGCCCCCUGGGCACAAGGCUGGUCACAGUGAUGGCCCUGGCACUGCCCAGCUGCAGAGCCAGAGCCUUCUGGAGGCUGAGUGGCUACGAGGAGCAGAGAUUACUGCAAGGCUGGAGCACCACCAGAGGCAUGCAGCCUGCUGGAUGGAGAUGGAGCUGCUCCAACAGCAGCUCCAGGCCUCGCAGGAAAAGCUUUUGGAAGCCAAAGCCAGCCUGAGCCUGGCCCAGGCCCAGCACGCUCUGCAGUUGCAGCAGGCCCAGGCCCAGAUAAACAACAUGGUGCCAAAGAAACAGUUUGAGCAGCUGCAAAACACCUUGAGAGAGGAACAGUGCAAGACUCAGCAGCUCCAGGAAAGCCUCCAGCUGCAGGCUGAGCAAACAUGCAGGCAGCUGGUCAGGACCCAGGAGGAACACGAGCAGCUGCUGCAGGCAGCUGUGGAGCAGGCAGAGGGGCUGGAACAGAGUCUGAGGAAUGCUGAAGCUGUGCUGGCAGAGAGGGCAGCUCAGCUUGGAGAUGCCCAGGCCCAACUCUCCAGGAACAAACUAUUGAUUGAAGAGCUCCGUGGAGAGAACAGGAGGUUUGCAAUGGCCCUGCAGGCUGCUGAGCUGAGGCAGAAGGGCAUGGAGGAGAAGAACCAGCUGUUGGAGGAACAAGCCUCAGCUCUGAAGCAGCUUAUUGGAAAAAUCACACCAGCAUCUCUGAAUGGGUGAUGGGACAUCUGCAGUGGCAGCCCCUGGUCCUGGCUGGGGCUGGUCAGGUGCAGAAUGAGAGAUACGGCUGGGUUGGAAAAUCAGCCUUGUCCUCUCUGGUCUUGCCAGGAUUUUCCUGUGCAGAAAAUACCAAAUGGGAAGCCUAGAGUCCUUUGAGGAAACUGGUCUUGUGGGUAGCUGAAUUUUCCAACUGAGAGCAGCAGCCUUGGUGCCUUUCCCAGUGGCAGAGUGUUGUUAUGUCAUGUCUGUCUCAGGGCAGCCAGCUCACAGGAUUUUGGCAGUGUUUGGUGUUGGUGCAGAUGCUCCCUCUCUGCAGAACGUCGAUAUUGGAGCCACAGUUAAUCUCGAAAGCCAGGGCAGAAGGGCUUGCAGGACCCUGUGCUUGGUCACUCCAAGCAGGAAAGCUGAGUUGUGACAUUAAAGUUUGUAAUGUUACAGCA